UUGCUCUCUCUCUUUUUUUUUUUGAGACCGACUCCGUCAAGCUUUGCGAUAUAUUGUUACUGUUUUAUCCGCCGCUUUACUAUCGAAUUUUACUUAAAACCAUGGCAGAUGGUGUGCAAAUAUUAAGGCGCAAUCGACCUGGAUCUAAAGCAAAAGACUUUUGUCGUUGGCCUGAUGAACCCUUCGAAGAGAUGGACAGCACUUUAGCCGUACAACAAUUCAUACAACAAACCAUUAGACGAGAUCCGGCCAAUCUUGAAGCUAUAUUGAAAAUGCCUGAGGCUCAAGACGAAGGUGUUUGGAAGUAUGAACACUUAAGGCAAUUCUGUAUGGAGCUAAAUGGUCUAGCAGUGCGUUUGCAAAGUGAGUGUAAACCAGAAACGUGCACACAAAUGACUGCCACAGAACAGUGGAUAUUCCUAUGUGCUGCUCACAAGACACCUAAGGAGUGCCCUGCUAUUGAUUACACUAGACACACCCUGGAUGGUGCUGCAUGCUUGUUAAACAGCAACAAGUAUUUUCCCAGCAGGGUGAGCAUCAAAGAGUCAUCGGUGGCGAAAUUGGGUUCAGUAUGUCGUAGAGUAUACCGAAUUUUUUCACAUGCAUAUUUCCAUCAUCGGUCAAUUUUUGAUGCUUUUGAGAAGGAAACUCAUUUAUGUGAAAGGUUCACAUAUUUCGUCACAAAGUAUUCAAUUAUUUCCAAAGAAAUAUUGAUUUUGCCAAAACUUGAAGGCGAGGUACCUCUCCCACAAACUGCAGGAGAAUCGGAAGCCUGAGAUUCAAAGAAAUAAUUCACUUGUAUGGUGAAUUAUUUGUUCUGUGGUGAUCAGUAAACUGAAAGUUUAGCAAUUUUGCUAUUUAUGUAGAGGAAAAGAAGCAUCUUGACAUUUAAAACUAUCAUUAAUGUAUUGAUAUGUUAUUGUUUUAUGUACUUUGCUAAAUAUUCUCUUUAUAAAUAAUUAAUAUAGCUUGCAUACCAUUGUUUGGUUUACAAAAAAUUAUAGACCAUUGUGAGAUGCCACAUUUUUUACAUUAAUAAUUCUGUCCAUGUGGUUAAUGUAUACAUUCGAUAAUUAAUAAGCUAACUUUGAAUAAUGAGAUAUAAAAUAUAAAUCACAUUGUAUCCAAAUAAAGUAGAAUCUCUUAUUCUUUGUAAGUAUUAUGUCAUAAAAUGUAAAUAGCUGCUAUAGAUGUGAGAAUGGUUUAAACUGUUCACUUUAAAACACUCCUGUGUCCAGUAUCUUGGAUUGUCUACUUUGUAUAAUCAUACAGGUUUCUGUAAUAGCAACUAGUGUCUUGUAACAUUUUAACCCUUUGACAUUCCGUUGUAGUCUUUAGAUUUGGAAUCAUAAUUCUUAUUCCAGACAUGUGUUUUGUCAUAAGCGUGAUGGCAAGUCUCCACUAUAGACUAGGGCUAUUACCCAGCCUGGUAAUCUUUAGACUUCAUGAAGAAGCAAUCUGACAUACUGAAUAAAAUACAAAAAUGUAUUAGCACAUUAGUUGUAGUUUUAAGUUGUAUAGUAUAAUACAAUUUUACUUUUUAAAACAGGAUCAAAGUUGCUCCUACAAUAUUCCUGGGAACAUAUACUAAACAUGAUUCAUGUCAACAUUAGUAUGCUGAGACCAACCCUGACAUAUGUGAUCACUUUUGAAAUCUGCAGUACACACAUACAUUUUAAUACUAAGGAAAUUCAUGUAAAUCCAACAAGUAAACUCUUAGAAUAAAAAGUGUUAAACUGAGAUAGAUAUACAUAGGAUAUUUCUUAUCAGUAACUUAUUUAUAUUAAAAUUGUUUUAAAAUUUCCUUGUAACCAAUUUUAAAUCGUAAACUGUAAUAAAAUUGUCGUAUCCUGUA